UUCUUUUUUCCUUCCGUUUCUGCUAUCCAUCAUCCUAAAAUACUGACUCCUUCAUUUACAUACCAAAAACACAACACAACAACUUCUUCAAAACCUCUAAAUUAGGAAUGGAAUUGAAAUGAUAUUUCUUAUCAUUCAUCCAUUUACAAAUAGUAACUCUGAACCGGUUGUUUAGUCACAAAAUCUGCAUGUUGUACCAGUUAUAAAUUUAUCUCCUUUAAUGCUUCUUCACAAGAAGAGAGAGAGAGAUAGACAUAAUAGUAGAACCUUUUAUAGCCCCUCCUUUAGUUCCUGCAACUUUUCAGUUUUUCAGUUUCCAUAAUUUGAAAUCAAGAAAAUUAUUUAUUUACAUACUAUAAAUACAGAACAGAAGAAAGAGACCCCACCAUCUUUUUUUUUUUCUCUUCUAUAUAUAUUUAUACAAUAACAAGUCAUAGGUUUGGCCUACCCUAAACCAAGAAACAUGUCACGAAGGUUGGCAUAGGUUUUCCCAACAGAUUAUUAGUACAAUAUAGGUAGAAUCCUCUUCCUCCUAUUCUCCUUUGCUUGAGGAACAAAUCAAAUUCUUAUUUUUAACCAAAAUCCCACCUUGUUUGCUUCUUCUUUUUGCUGAUUUUGUGGUUAGAAUUUAAAAAGAAAGGUCAGUUUAUGUUCUUGUUCUUGUUGUUGGUCCUUGUGGUCUACAAAUAUGGCCAUUCAAGCACAGUUGUAUGCAGUUAAUCUUGGUUUUCCUUUGGGAAGUUCACAGGAUUUGAUGGAGAAUAAUGCUUGUGGAUUCAAUCAGUUUUAUUUUAAUCCUCAACAGCAACAACAACAACAGUUCACAGAAAUCCAACAGUUUCAAUUUCUCAACCAGAAAAAUAAUCAGGAUUUGAUGAACUGUUGUACAAGCCAUAACACAAAUCCUACACAAUCAGUGCUGUUUCCUCAGAACCUGGCUUGUCAAUUUGAAAAACAGAGGGUUGAGGUUGAUCAGCUUAUCACUUUACAGAAUGAGAGACUGAGAUUGGCUCUGCAAGAACAGAGAAAGCAACAAGUGGCAUUAAUCUUGAGAAACUACGAAUCAAAGGCUCAGUUUUUACUGAAACAAAAAGACGAAGAAAUUGCAAAAGCAGCAAACAGGUCAAAAGAGCUAGAAGAUUUCUUGAAAAGAAUAGAAAUGGAGAACCAAACAUGGCAGAGAAUAGCCAAAGAGAACGCAGCUAUUGUCCUUUCUUUAAAUAACACAAUUGAACAACUUAAAGAAAAUGCAUGUUUAUCAACCAAUGGUGGUGUAGGAGAUGCAGAGUCUUGUUGUGAUGUACCACCAAUGGAGGAUAACGUACAAGCAUCACAACAAACGAGAAAGAUGAUGUGCAAAAGUUGUAAUUCUAGUAAGUCGUGCAUGGUUUUCUUGCCUUGUAGGCACCUUUCUUCAUGCAGAGAUUGUGACCCUUUUCUCCAUUCAUGCCCUGUAUGUAACGUGGAGAAGAAAGCAAGCAUAGAGGCUUUGAUUUGAUCUUUUAUGAAAAUGACUAGUGUUUCUUGUUUCCAAGUAAAAAAUAGUCACAUCUCUUCAAUACGCCCUUUGGGACCUGAUUAAUUUAAAUUUACAUCGCGUACGACUCACUUAAGGAGUAAUUCCUUAUUCAAUCUUCCCCCGAGGAGUUCAUCUAUUUAAGCUUUAGAGAAUUCAAUUCUAGUGGAAGGCUUCCAUUUGCCGGAACCAAGGGGUCUUUCUGUUGCAAUUCUCCAUGGACUAUGGUCGUAUUCAUAUGGUUUUUCCGCUUCUUACAGCUGUUCUUUGAACACAUCUUAUCACCAAAAGAGUCCUAUGUAUAGUGCAAAAGCGCUCACAUUUUGAGCCUAUGAGGGAAGCCUUCCCUAUCAAAAAAUUUACAUUUUGAGCCUU